CUUUAACACGUGACACAACAAGGAAGUAGAAGGCAUUAUUGAAACGGUCCAUCUCUGCAAACUGCGGACAUAAACAGUGAAACGUGUAGAAACUGAACGAUCGAAGACCGUGAAUUUUAGAGUGCAUUUACCUGUUCUGUCUGAAGGUUGUUGGAUUGAGAUCCUGCGCUGAUAGAGGCAAUUAUUUUUGUAGAAAUAGCCGUUCUUUGCAUUAGAGCACUGUUAGAAACCCAGCGAUGACAGUAAAACUGUUUGCACCGGUCCUCCUUUGCACUUUAAUGUUCCUGCUCCCAACUUCUCCUGCGACUCUUCCGCUGGUCAUCAACACGUGGCCUUUUAUAAACGCGUCAGCUGUGGCCUGGCAAGUCCUGCAGUCCGGUGGAUCAGUGUUGGAUGCCGUGGAGCAGGGAUGCACCCGCUGUGAAGCUGAGCAGUGUGACGGCAGUGUGGGCUACGGAGGCAGCCCAGAUGAGAAAGGAGAAACCACGCUGGAUGCCAUGAUCAUGAACGGGGACACACUGGAGGUGGGUGCAGUCGCGGACCUGAGGAGAAUCAAAAACGCCAUUGGAGUAGCGAGGGCCGUGAUGGAGCGAACGGAUCACACGCUGCUGGUGGGAGAGUCAGCUUCUCUCUUUGCUGAAAACAUGGGCUUCACUGCAGAGGACCUGACCACCAACAAAUCCAUGAAUAUAUUCUCACAGUGGUUGAGUAACAACUGCCAACCCAAUUACCGAAAGAAUGUAUUUCCAGAUCCUUCCAAGUUCUGUGGGCCCUACAAGCCCACGGCGGUGGUGAAUGAGAAGAGGAGGGCACAGAGCACUGAUAUCCUCUCCCAUGACACCAUCGGGAUGAUCGCUAUUGAUCAGCACGGCCACGUCGCUGCUGGUACAUCAACCAAUGGAAUGACGCACAAGGUCCCAGGUCGUGUCGGAGACUCUCCUAUCCCUGGAUCAGGGGCUUAUGCUGACAGCACAGUUGGUGCUGCUGCAGCCACUGGAGAUGGAGAUAUAAUGAUGCGUUUCCUCCCAAGUUACUUGGCUGUAGAACUGAUGAGAAAUGGCGCCGAUCCCUCGUCAGCCUGCAAGACGGCAAUUUCCAGAAUCAAGAAGCAUCACAAGGAGUUCUUUGGAGCCAUCAUCUGUGCUAACACGACAGGACAUUAUGGUGCAGCGUGUAACAAAUUUUCCAAGAUCUCUAAGUUCCACUUCAUGGUUUCAAACUCCGAGUCCAACACACCGCUCAUGAAAUCUGUGGACUGCAUCUGAACAUGGCGUCUACGCUGCUCCACUUUGAAUUUAAUGAACAUUCCUAUCACUGCGUCUGA